CUGGAGUGUGAGUCGGUGGGUUUUCGGCUCCCAUUUCUGCGCACAGUCGCCCCUCUGAACUGAACCAGUUGCCCUCUUUGAGUGACAGCCCGGCUCCAAUUGACUUCCCCAGCCAAACGAGGACCAAUCACCGGCCGCUGAGGGCGGGGCCUGUGCUCAGCAAAUAUUCCCAGUAGCCGUCCCUUGCAGUUACUUUCCAUCCAGGUUUCGGAGCAGCCGCUGAGGCUUCAUCCUCCCUGCGCGCUUUGGUUUAUUUUGCGGGAGGACGGAUCUGCAGGAUUGCACCGCAGCAGCAGCAACACUUUGGUGUGUGUGUUGUGUGUAUGUGUGUGUUUAUAUCCGUGAAUGUGUGCGUUUUUUGGAGGGGUGUAUAGUAUGAGAAGUUCCAUCCCAGCUCCUUUUAUUUCUUUCAUUCUCACAUGUGAUCAUUUUCUUCAUUUUGACCACCCGACCUCAUUGUUUCGCCCUCCUCAUUUCUCUGCUGCUGUCACCCACAGUUUGUUGCUCACCAGCUGAAAGAAAGAGGGAAUAUCUCACCACCACCACCAACAACAGCCACCACCACCACCAGCCACCACCACCAGCCAUCUCUCCUUUUCUGUGCUGCUGCUGGAUUUUGCUGGACUAUAACGCAGAGGGAUUUAUAUUGGUAUUGAUUUGCUCUCUGAUGGGAUGUAUUCCAGCCUUUACGCGCUGAGCGGGGAGAAUACAAACGCACUGUGCGCCGAAUGAACUGCUGCCGUUUGGUUUUUGGUGCAUCUGGAGAUGCUCUGAUCGGGGUUUGUGGUCCGUGCGCAUCCCCUCUGGAUCGGGAUAUAAGCUGAAAACACUUCCCUCAGCCCUCUCUGUCUCUCUGGAGCCUUUUUUGUUGUUGUUGUUGUUUAUUUUUUCCCCCUUCUCCUCCCAGUGUGGACGUUUGGCUGGUUUGAAGGCGCACAGGCUCACCAUGGGGGACUCGAUGUGGAGAUAUUAUUUUGGAGUUUUGUUUAUUGCCUUGAAAGUGGACCUGUGCCGGGCGCUCAUCCUGGAGUCCAUCUACUGGAACACAACAAACACCAAAUUCGUGCCAGGCCAAGGCGUGGUUUUAUACCCCCAGAUUGGGGAUAAGUUGGACAUUGUGUGCCCACGUGUGGACGGCGGGGUUGGCGAGGGUGUGGAGUACUACAAGGUGUACAUGGUGCCCAAGGACCAGCUGGAGAGCUGCACCAUCACCAAGGCCGACACGCCGCUGCUCAACUGCGUCAAGCCCGACCAGGACGUCAAGUUUACCCUGAAGUUUCAGGAGUUCAGCCCCAACCUGUGGGGAUUGGAGUUCUUCAGGGGAAGGGACUACUACAUCAUCUCAACAUCCAACGGCACCAUGGAGGGCAUUGACAACCAGGAGGGUGGCGUGUGCAAGACCAAGUCCAUGAAAAUCGUCAUGAAAGUGGGACAAAAUCCUUCUGACCCCGUCUCACCCAAAGACCCUACCAGAGUACCCUACUCCCCCAAGCACCCAGAUAACAAGGAGCCCUACAACCCCAACGACGUGCUGGAGAAAUCAAGUCCAGCAUCCAGAGAAAGCAACGAAAACAACGGGAGCGACGGCAAGUCCUCAAACGUCAUGCCUUCCGAGGUGGCCAUCUUUGUGGCCAUUGCCUCUGGCAGCGUCAUCUUAAUCAUUAUCAUCGUCGUGCUGGUCCUGCUGCUACUCAAGUACCGGCGGCGGCACCGCAAGCACUCACCACAACACGCAGCGACGCUGUCUCUAAGCACCCUGGCAACUCCGAAGCGAAGCGGAGGCGGCGGGAACAAUAACGGCUCGGAGCCCAGCGACAUCAUCAUCCCGCUCAGGACUGCUGACAGCGUCUUCUGCCCGCACUACGAGAAGGUCAGCGGUGACUACGGACACCCGGUCUACAUAGUUCAGGAGAUGCCGCCUCAGAGUCCGGCUAACAUCUACUACAAAGUCUGAGGCGGAAGCAGGAACUGGAACAAUUCACGAAGCAGAGCGGGUUUUUGGCUUCGGCAGGCGCCGCCGGCACACCCUGCUAAUGAACACUCUUUUUCUCUCUCACUCUGUCAACUCCUCCUCUCCUCUGAUGUUUUGUCACUACUUUAUUUUUCUUUCUGGGAGUUUUGCUGACACCUUGUCGCUCUGAUUUGGCAUGGACGGGAACGCGUGGCGGCCCUGUAGUGAAGCCCACCGCUGCUGCUGCUGUUGCUGCCGCCGCCGCCGCCACUGCUGCUGCUCUCCGGGAAGCAGAGAAGACGUUCUCUUCUUUCCCUAGUGUUGUCUUGUGUUGUGCACUGCGGCAGCCGGCAUUCCUGUGGGCGUGUUUGUGGGAUCGGGAAGGUUUUUUUUUCUUUUUGGAGACGGACAGACAGGUUUGAAAGUUUCCUGAGGGGGAUGAGAUAAGGAAUUAUUUUCUCCUCGCGUAAAGAGAGACUUCUGCUUGGAAAGGGAGAAGGAGAAAAGAUGGAAUAAAAUGAGGAGGUGGAGAGUUAAAAGAGGAUACGGUCUGACCGUGAACUCACCAAACGGCGGCCUCCUCGCCCCUUGACGCUCACUGGCCGGAAAGACUCCGUGGAGCUUCUCGCACCCAUUAAUCCUCUCUGGGACUUUUUCCUGAGUGACUCACGGACAUCACCCCAUUAAUCCUGCCACCCACCAUCACGCACACACAUCAACCCUCGUGCACAGACACACUGUCUCACCGCUCGAUGUGAACUGUUUGGGUGUUAGUGUGGAUCGCCUCAUUCCCACAUUUUGUCACUUCUCUUACUUGAAGGUUUUAAGAGAAAAAUAGACCCCGCCGACACUCUUUCCUUUUACGGUUUACUGCUCGUAUCUGUUUUUCAUAUCCUGGUAUAGUUCAGGUGGCUCGGAGUGGCAAGAGCGUCCAAAAAAGAAAUAAACCCAGGUGGCUUCUGGGAAGAGUGGAGGACUUUCAUAUUAUAGUGCAGCACUUUUAACCCCCUAUUUUUUAUUUCUUUGGCCCCUCCACUCUUCACAGUCCACAGAGAGGUUCGCAGUGACAGACGGAGAUGGGAGAGCAGCUGUAUCCCGGCAGGUUUAGUCGCCUCUGAUCUGGGCCUUGACACGGAAAAGUAAUGGAAUGAAAAGUCCAAGAGGCCCGAGAUCUUGUAGAGGUUAGCUGGCUGAAACAGCUCCUAGGUACUGUAACGUUUACCCCAAGGGGUCCAGUGAUGAAUAAAAGGGCCCCCUUAAAAUAAAUGGCCCAAAAUCAGCGUGAACGGUGCUCUCCUUUAAAAAAAACAUGUAAAAAAAAAAAGCACAGGGACAUCUACUUACAUCGUCACUGUUCCUCCAUUAGCAUUUCCAUAUUGUGAGUUUUUGAUUUACUUCCUUUUUUUUAUUAAAUAGAUGUACAUUUAAAAAAAAUAACAUUAAAAGAUGAAAAAUUACAAAAAAAUAAAAAGCAGAAUUUAUUUAUGAUAGACACAUACAGAGCACAGGUGUGGUCAGGUGGUAAGGAGAAGAAGUAAUGUUAAUAUAUUAACGGUAUAAGUGCACAUUAUGCAAUCUAGGUUUUUGAUUAUCUAAUAUCUUGGAAUCCUGCUGAGGCCCGGAAAAGAAUACGGGAGUCCUGUGUUGUUUCCCGCAAGUCAGCCGCUAAGUCCUGUAUUCUUUCCACAAGUUAGCUGUUGAGUCCGUUAUUUUUAUUUUUUCUUACCCGGUUAAAAGUAUAGUAUGUUUUCCAGAAUACAGGUGUCUCUUUCCCAGGAGUUGGCUACCGGAUUCCAUUUUUUUUUCUUUAACCACAAAAUCCUGGAUUUUUUCCCGACUUAGUAAAAUAAACCAGGAGUUGCCACCGGCCCUUGAACUGGCCACCAAGUCUCAGAUUUUUACCCACUUGAUAAAAAAAAAAAUCUGUUGUCUGCCACAAACUACCAUAGUUUUUCAACUCAGUCAGCUGCGAAUGAACAGAUUAUUAGCGAGCUGACUGCGAAGAUGGAAAGAAUGGAAAGAAUACAGGAAUCAGCCGCUAAGUCCCAUAUUUUUCCGGCUCAGUUUACAGGAGUCGGACGUUAUAUGCGUAUGUUUUUGGUGAUAGGUAAAUGAAUACCAAGAGUAAGCGGUUUUAAUCUGAGUCCCGUAUUCUUUCUGGCUCGGUCCUGGGAAGGAGGACCAGGGGAGGAGAGUUAACCUGACCCUAAAUAGCUCACAUUGGUGUACACAAGGGCAGAAUAGCUGUGUCUCCCACGCUCACUCAGUGUAGCAUCUCCCAAAGGAUAACUCCCAUGAACACCCAGUGCGCCCGAAUCUCCUCAUACACACCCCUCAUGUUCUCCGUGUGAUUGUGCGAGUGUGUGCGCGUGCAUUUCAGUGACUUCACAUUCAUGAAUAUCUUUGGCGUUAGGCCUGCCCCCGAGCAUAUAUCAUCCUCAUUCGUACAUGAUCAAAUUUCACCGAAAAGCCAAGCCUUGUAUGAUCUGAGGUUUGUGCCUCUGAGAGGCUACAAAAUCUGCAAAUAUGCAAUUCUUAUUUAUUUUUUUAAAUCGAUUCUGAGGAAAAAAAAAAAAAACACCUAUGGAAAGUGUUCUUAACCACUGAAAGAUGUAACAACAAACCAACACCACAAAACACAAGCCUGCUGUUAGCUUUGAGUUCCUGCAUCGUUUCUAGUAUUAUUUGAACCUCUUCUGUUCUGACCGUGUGCCGUAGUACAAAGGUAAACUGUGAAAAAUGAAACAAUUAAAAAGCAUAUGUAACACACCCAAACAGGUAUUUAAGAAAAGAGAAAUGGCUGUUUAGUUGCUGUCUGUCUGCGGCAGAAUAUGACAAUCUUAUUAGUUUCUUUGAAUCUGGCGUCCUUUUCUUAGCUUCGCUAACGCUCUCCCAGCGUCGACAGGUGUGCUCCGACCUGCUUGGAAAUAUCGUAGCGACGCCGUGAGAGUCUCAGCACGCAAGCUAAGAGAAGCACCUCAGGCUACUGUAAAAUGCCUUGCUCGUAUGGUCAGCCCUUGGUCACUUGACUCAGUAAUUUUGCACCGUACUUCUGUAGGUAAGAAACUGUAAAUACAUUAAUGUUUGUAUUGUAUAUGGAUCCUGGGUUGUUACAAUAGCCUUAUUCACCUUUUUAGGAACGUAAAUGGAAGCGAAAAAGUACAGAAAAAUGGAAUUCACUUCAGUAAAACAGAGCAUACUACUUUUUUGGUAAAUAGCUUAUGUAAAUAUUGACCAGAACCCAAUAAAAUCAUUUUUAUAAACUCUUAAAGUAAGAUGUUUUGUAUAAAAUUUGAAUUUUUUGCUAUGUAUUUUAGCUAGCGCUCGAUGGAAAGCCCGUGUCCUCCCCACUCCCUCCCCUUUUGCACUGUUUCCAUUGUAAUUUGGUUUAAAAAAAAUAAGAAAAGUUGCCAAACUGACUGCUGCAUAUUUGUGCCAUAAGUGUGUACCAUAAAUAUUUAUUGAAUUAGUUUCUUUUUGUUUCUUUCUUCUUUUUGUUCUGUUCUGUUGAUAAUUUGAGUUCAGUCCGGUUUGUCAGUAACACAGUAUUAUAUUUGCAUUGUUUGUUCGUCCCCCCUGGUUUUCUUUAGUCAUGUCAUGGUUCUCCCCUUUUCCUCGCAGUAUGAGAUGGCCAGGCUGUGAAAAAUGGUUUUAACAUUCAAAACUUUAAAACAAGUUCAACGUGAGGAUAAAUGACACACAUUCCACCAGUCUGUUACAAACUGAAAAUGUUUUUCAAUAAAAUGUUUUUCCUAUGGA